UGAAUUAGCCUUUACCACCCACAGAUACAGAAUAGUAAAAUUAUGUGCUCUUUGAUAUAAUCAAUCAAAACAACAAUAAUAGUUGCAGUUACUUGAGUAUUAAUUUUUAAUUAAUAGCUUGAAAUGGUUCAGAAAGUGUUAUUUGUCUGUCUAGGAAAUAUUUGUCGAUCACCUAUUGCAGAUGCUGUAUUUCAGCAUUUAGUAAAAGAAAUGGGUACUGCAGAUGAGUGGGUUGUAGAUAGUGCAGGGAUUGGUGGAUGGCAUGUAGGAAAUUCUCCUGAUCAUAGAGCUAGAAAAAUUUUAAGGAAUCAUAAUGUAGAGUAUGACGGAAAAGCUAGACAG